AGAGACUCCGUUGCCCAAACAUGUCUUGCGUAACAUGGAGGUUUAAAUAACAUCAAGUUCUGAAAGGCCCAAAAAUACCGGUCUUUCACCUGCUUGUACCUUCCUCCGUUUUGUCCGGAGUUGUACUUGGAAAGUUCUAUCAAUGGCAUUAAGUUGAUGCGGCUUGUGACGGUGUCCCGCCCCUCAGGUUGUCAUUAUGGAGGAUGUCGACUACUAUAUCAACAGACGAAUCCCAAGAGUCCUUCGAGUUCCUUCCUGGUUUCCAAUGUGAACAUAUCGCCGACCUGGUACACUCGUUCUGAGCCACUCCCCUCCUCGACCUUACUACCUGUAUAACCUCACAAAGGCUUGGUACUCUCACAGACGACCUUUUUGGACUACUAUCAAGGAACCUCUCUACCGAAAGUUCUCCAGGAACAAUGCACAUCCGACCCCUAUAUAUCCUCCUCCUGGGCGCCGCCAGUGUCACCACACAUGCAAGCCCUACCCCUGCCAUUCUCGACGACGGUCACGACCUGAACCAAGUCCCGGCCUUUAACGUCACCAACUUUGAGGCAUCAGCCAUGGUCCUCAGUAACCGAAACUUCUACAAAUUCGACGUAACCUUCUACCACGAAGCCACUCCAGUUCACUGCGAAGCAAUGGGCACGACCAUCAACCACCAGUUGACCAGCAUCCCACAGACGUGGUGUCCUGGUCCAGGUGGUAGCGGGUACGGUGGAAACGGAACCGGAAACAAUAAUAACCAAAGCAACAGCAACAGCAACAGCUCAGCAACAACGGGACCAGGUGUAUCCUUCAAGUGGACCGAGCAACCGGACGGGAGCGCAGCGUUGUUGAUUGUGCGCCGGAUAAACGAUAAAGCGGCGGACACGGCUGUGUACAAAGUCACGCCGGACUGUAUACCGAUGAUGGGGGAUGAUAUCUUUCGGCAUCAGGUGUAUGAGGGGCCGGAGAACUUUUCGGUGCCGGCUUAUCGGUCUUCUGAGUCGGGUUGAUGAUGGGAUGGUUUGAUGCGAUUGGGGUUGGUUCUGUGUUGUUGAGCCACUCACUUGCUUGCUCUAUAUAUGUUUACAUGGUUAUAGGUUCCCCAGGGACAUCAAGUUGUGGAAAUGGGACCUCGUAAUUUGGUAUUCCGAGUAUUGGGAGUGAGAUAGAAGGACAUGAAAACCCUACCAUUGCAAUACCUACUCCAGAACCGAUAUUUUCUCCCGGACGUCCAUCCUCCC